AUGGCUUCAGAAUACGAGGACGAGUUCCACCUCUCUCUCAUGUCAUUAGAUGCAGAAACUCAGCGAUUCUCAGAUGAGGCAUAUGCAGGGAGCCUUCAGCUCCAAGAAAUCAUCUUCUCUUCUAUCAAGUCUUCUCCCUCUAGAACUAACCCCUUCUCUCUCUCUACAACAAACUCCUCUUCUCUCUCUGCAAACUCAUCCCCUUACAACCCUAAAACCACCCAUAAAAGAGGGUUCAGCCUCUUUACUUGGCUCUCGGAGAAGAAUCGCAGAAAAGAAACAGAAACUGGAUCUUCUUCCUCUGGUUUCUUUUGUGAUAUUUGCACUGAUCACAAAGCCUAUGAAGGGAAGUUCUCGAACCCCAUAUGCUCACAUAGCUACUGUAAAGACUGUAUUGUGAGGCACAUAGAAUCGAGAUUACAGGAGAAUCACACCAUGAUCAGUUGCCCUAGCCCUUCUUGCAAGCAGUUUUUAGAGAGAGAAAGUUGCAAGUCCUUUGUUCCCAAGAGUGCCUUUGAGAGAUGGGGAGCUGCACUCUCAGAGGCCUCAAUAUUGGGGAUCAGUAAGUUCUAUUGCCCCUUCAAGGAUUGUUCUGAGCUUUUGGAAUUUGAUGGGGACAGAAAUGGUAGCAUAAAGGAGAGUGAGUGCCCUUACUGUAACAGGCUCUUUUGUGCUAGGUGCAGGGUGGCAUGGCAUCAUGGAUUGGAGUGCUGGGAGUUUGAAAAGGUAAGAGAAGACGAGAGGGGUAGAAAUGAUAUUUUAUUCCUUACGCUUGCAGAGGGACAAAAGUGGAAAAAGUGCCCUAACUGUAAGAUCUACGUGGAAAAGAAAGAGGGUUGUCCUCAUAUAACUUGUAGGUGCAAGUACGAAUUCUGCUAUAAUUGUGGAUCCUCAUGGAGUGAUGCACAUCGUUGCCGCUAA